CAGUGUCCUCUGCGGACGGAGCUUGCGCAAUAUGUUUUGCUCGGCCCUGGCUGCUGGUGCUGGCUCUGUUGUGUUGUUGUUUUUGUCAGACAAAAGAGGAAAAGAAAGCUUGGCAAGCGAAAUCUAAUUCCGAGCUAGUCGUAUGAGGUUACUAGGUGAACCUCUUCCUGCCAUGAGAGCUGACCACCAGGUCCCCAGACCCCCCUCCUUCUUCAGUUGACCCAGAGAUGACAGACAGCGUCAGGACCUUCCUCCGCAAUGUUGCGACGGGGAUUAAGGACUCAAUUUUGUGGAUCAGAACCAUCUCGAAGCUGGAUGCCCGCAUCCAGCAGAAGAGGGAAGAGCAGCGGCGUAAGAGACCAAGUGGGGCUCUCGCACGGAGGCGGGCACAGAGUGAGGAGCGCCAACCUGACAAUGACCCACAAGUUGCCCGAAGGAUUUUUCAUUGCUGUGCCUGGAAUGGAGGAGUGUUCUGGUUCAGUGUGUCUCUCUUCUAUCGGGUCUUCAUCCCACUGCUGCAGACUCUCACGGCAAAAAUCAUCGGUGACCCCUCCCUCCAUGGCAGUGUAUGGUCCUGGUUAGAGUUCAUCCUGACAUCAGUAUUCAGCGCUCUCUGGGUUCUCCCUCUCUUUGUCCUCAGCAAGAUAGUCAACGCGAUCUGGUUCCAGGAUAUUGCUGACCUGGCUUUUGAAGUGUCUGGAUGUAAAGCUCAGCCAUUCCCCAGCGUCAGUAAAAUCAUCGCCGACAUGCUCUUUAACCUCCUCUUGCAGGCGCUGUUCCUCAUUCAGGGUAUGAUUGUUAGUCUGUUUCCCAUCGACGCCAUUGGACAGAUGGUCAGUCUCCUCCACAUGUCUCUGCUUUACUCUCUCUACUGCUUUGAGUACCGCUGGUUCAACCACGGUGUCGAGAUGCACCAACGGCUGUCCAACAUAGAGAGGAACUGGCCCUACUAUUUUGGGUUCGGUCUGCCCAUGGCCCUGCUGACGGCUCUUCCCUCGUCGUACAUUAUGAGUGGCUGCUUGUUCUCCAUCGUCUUCCCUCUGUUCAUCAUCAGUGCUAAUGAGGCCAAGACGCCAACCACACUGUACCAUUUCCAGCUGCGCCUCUUCUCUUUGGUCGUGCUGAUCAGCAACAAGCUUUUCCAUAAAACGGUCCACCUGCAGUGCUCCCUCACCCCAUCGCCAUCUACUGAACGACUGCCCUCCCCACAUGCAUCCCCCACCAGACAGAGACUUCUGCCCAUGCAGUGAUUCAAAUACUGCAUGGAAGCUCAUAGAACGUCCUGCACCCGUUUUUAGAACGUCCUGCACCCAGUAUACGCAUUUUCAAAGUGCACAAUGAUCUGACUUGUGCCUCACUGUCAAAACACAUUGUAUACAGAGCAUCGAUUUCCUCCUCUUCUUUUUGUAUAAUGUGCCAUUUAAGUGACUCUCCUUUAAUAAAUUACAGCACAAGAAGGAAUGUGGUUU